AAUCCCAAUCGGCCAAUCCAAUGCUGCGCCGCAACCCCACCCGCAUCGACCUCCGCUCCUCCGACCGCGACGAGCUCGAGGACCACCUCCGCGCCGCCGCCGCCGUCACCCCACCACCCGCCACCCCCUCCGGCUACACCACGCCGCCCCCGCACACCACCUCCUCGUCCAACCCCCUCCUCCACCUACUCCACCCGCCGCCCGGCGCCGCGCCUUCCAAGGCCCAGCGCAUCGGCCUCUCCACCACCACGGCCCCCUCCAACCCACCCAGGCCCUCCUAGGCAGCUCCCAUCCCCAUGGAGGUCGAGAUCAAGCUCCGCCUCCCCGACGCCGCCGCCCACCGCCGCCUCUCCUCCUUCCUCUCGCCCCACCUCCGCCGCACCCACGCCCAGCGCAACCUCUUCUUCGACGCCGCCGCGCGGAUCCUCGCCGCGGCCACCGCCGCGCUCCGCGUCCGCCUCUACGGCCCCGACGACUGCGCGCCCCUCCGCGCGGUGCUCGCGCUCAAGCGCCGCCCGCGCAUCGACGCCGGCGUCAGCCGCGUCGAGGAGCUCGAGGACCCGCUCGACCCCGCCCUCGCGCUCGCCUGCGCCGACGACCCCGCGCGCCUCGGCGGGGUCGACUCCCCGAUCGUCCGCCUCGUCGCCGCCGAGUACGGCGUCGGAGGGGGCGCCGCGCCCUUCGUCUGCCUCGGCGGGUUCCGGAACACGCGCGCCGUCUACGAGCUCGAGGACGACGGCCUCGUGCUGGAGCUGGAUGAGACGCGGUUCGACUUCGGGACCAGGUACGAGCUCGAGUGCGAGACGGCCGAGCCUGACCGGGCCAAGGAGGUGCUGGAGCGCCUGCUCACGGUGGCCGGCGUGCCGUACGAGUACUCCCGGAGCAAUAAGUUCGCCUGCUUCAUGGCAGGGAAGCUGCUUCCUUGACUAGGCAGGGAACAACUUCUCAAUUUCUACCGAAUUGAUGUAAAAUCCUUGAAUUUAAUAAAAUGCUCAACGCAAGGAAAAUAACUUUACCAAUUGCUGCUGCCUUGAUGUGAUGGUCAUCUGCAUGUUUCCUGGCUUAUAGAUUCGUAGAUGUUGUUGUGUUGCU